ACGAAUGCCUUCGUGCAGGGUAAAAUAGAACGUUGUGGACAUGCUGAUUUCUACAUGAAUGGCGGCAUUAUGCAACCCGGCUGCAAUAAGGCGGGUACAAACCCUUUUGGCUGCAGUCAUCAACGCGCCGUUGAAUAUUUCCAAGAAUCGAUAAGCUCACGCAAAGGUUUCUGGGGUUGGGCUUGCAGUUCGUACAUCUCCUACCUGCUCGGUAUGUGUCCGCCAACCAAUUAUCUGCUCGAGGCAGGCGAAGAUAUAAAACCCAGCACGAAGGGUAUGUUUUUUGUCGAGACCAAUGAUACAGCGCCUUAUGCAUUAGGCAAAUGGACUGACUGGCCAACGGUGGGCAAACAAAAACCGAGCGUUACUAGAGCGCCAAUUACCAUUACUUUACCGCCGCCAGCAGGUUUCCAGGAUCCAUUGUUGCGUCAAAUCGAUCAAUGGAAUAAAUUGGAUACGAGUUUCAAUAAUAUUGAACAAACGCCAACGCCAUUUUCACAAGAUCCCAAUGGUGAAAAUUGGACGUAUUUUAGUGGCGUUGGCACGCGUGAUAUAACCGAAGAUUUGGAGAAUGCAAAGGUGGAGCAGGGGGUGAAUUCUGUGGAGGAACAAAGUUUUGAGGAGACGAAAAAUGUGAAAGAAACUCAGGUGGCGUGGCAUGAAUAUCGACGAAAUUUAACUUAUGGUUAUGUAGAGAAUAGUAUUUUCAAAGUGCCUCAUAUUGAAGGGGAAAGGCUGAAGGGGGAGAAAAUAAGUAGACAACCGCGAGUAAAUGAAAUAAAGUGAUAAAAAAUGAAAAGAUUAAUAUUUUUGGAUUGAUAUUAGAGCUAUGAAGGGCGAAAAAUUUG